CCAUCGGCCGGGAUCUUGAUUGGACGUUCAGGGAACGGAAAGUACAUUCUCACUUCCUUCAGAUCGGUGAUACGCAAUCGCUUAAUUUAAUCUUACAGCAAUAUCCCUUUUUGCUGCGUGUUGUUCACAAAACAUCCGUUCUGCGGUGUGUGGUAAAGCUAGCAAUGUGACACAAAACCCCCGUACCAUUAUAAUCUGGAAAAAAAGGAAGUCAAGUGAGUUUCGAGGAGUGAGGGAGGCCAGCUUCCACAUCCUCCAGGGAGUGACAAAUAAAGGCAAAAACACAACACAAACACGCUCCACUGUUUGGUCUUGUUCGGACGCAAACACACCUUCCAGUCCUUAGCCGUAUCGUUUUGCCCUUAUAUAUCUAUAUCGUUGCCUAAUGCCUGAAGGUCCCUAAAGGUGUUUGUACCGACCAGCUGGUGGUGGGUCGGCAAAGCCCGACACAGCAAACACAAACAAAACAAAGCGUAAAGAAGCGAAGAUACGAGGAGGCCUGUUGAAUUGGAAACGCGAGACAACAAAAAAUCUCCCUUCUGCGAUUAUGCCAUCGGCGACGUCGGGACGUAAGGGGAAUGCCACGGCGGCAGGACACCAGCGCAAGGGGAAAGCGGCACCGGCUGCAAAGGGUGAGGUGGCCCCGGUCCAGGACCCGGACGAGGACACGAAUGCCGGCUUCGGGAAGUAUUUAAGAUCGCAGGAAGGGAUUGAAAUGAUGAAACUGUUCGUGAUCGCUAACACGAUUGUGGUGUUUGUAACGAUGGCCUGGCCGCAAAUGCAACAGUCCUAUCGCAUCCUGCGCUCGAUGGUGUUUAACGACGAGGACGAAGAGUCUGGCGAACUUUAGAAGUGAUUGUGAAUUUG